AUGCCCCACCGUCCUGGCCUCAACACUGAUUCCACAUUCCAGACGAAAUGCGAUCGCGAGGCACCAUGCUCAAGCUGCAUCGCCUCCGGUCUCAACUGCCGGAUAUCUCAUCGGGCCACUGAGAGGCGGCAGCGGGUUCUCAUCUCCCCUCGAUACGAUGAGGCCAUGGAAAGUGUCGAUCGAUCUCUCCGCGAAGUUUCACAAGCUGUCCAGAAGCUCCUUGAGAUCAACGAGAGAGGGUCGGGACCUUCGCCUAAGGACUCUCCAGCAUCAUACAUCAGCAGCAACCCAUCAAACAUUGCCAUCAUGUCGGAGGGCUAUCGAGGCGACUCAUCAUUCAAAGCACACGUUCACAAGGUCACGGAUGCACUGAGAGACGCGGCAUCAAAUCUUGAGUUAACCAUGGGCGACCCAACGUUCACUACCACGACACACAUGAUCGACGAGACUGCCGACAGUGAAGAAAGCAGCCCACCUUCCGAGGGCAUAUCACCUUCGCCAUUUAAGAUCCAAUAUCCGGAAUUGGAAGGGAGGUCUCUUCCUCCUAUCGACCAAGUCCUGAAGCUUCUACGAUUGGCGCAAGUUGAGAAACAGAGAUUCUUCGUGGACUGCUCCGUCGUGGAUGAGGAGGAGUUUACCGAGUUUUGCCAACGCGUCUACUUCGCGGUGAAUGACUAUUCCAUCUUGUCAUGGAUCAUUGUCAAUAUCGGCCUCUUUUAUAUGUUUCUGAACUUGAAGCAGUCUUUUCACAGACAUAUCGGGAUCAGUGACGCCAAUAUUCACGAGUAUUCGCAGCAAUUGAAGGAGAAUAUCGAGGCUGCUAUGCAGUCCUUGAGGCUCUGCAACGACCCGUCGAUGGAGGCAUGCCAGGCUCUUGCUCUUUUGUACACGUUUUGCAAUAAGUCUGGUCGUAGCGCCCUGGCUUGGCAAAUGAUAUCUGCGGCCUCCAGGAUGUGCAUUGAUCUUGGCUGGCACCGUCUUCCGAAGGAGGGACCAAGGGUUUCGAAAGAACGGCAAGUCUUUUGGCACAUCUAUAUACAUGAUAAAGGGAUGGCUUUUACCCUCGGGCGCUCACCGUCCAUCCAUCCAUGUGACGUUUCGACGCCGAAACCGACGGUGCCCGACGACUACGUUCCUGGGGUUCCCGUAAAUCUUUAUGCUGGCUACGUAGAUUACGCUAUAAUUGUCGGCGAUAUGCAUAUCCAGCUCUUCUCGGCCUCGGCUCUUCAACAACCACAACAGAGCAGGAUCGAGACAGCCCAAUCCUUUGCCGUCAAGAUACUCCAAACGAACAAAGACAUUAAGGAGGCACUCCACGAUAAUCCCCCAACGAAUGACAUUUACAAAGCUCCCGUUAUGCUCUUCGACAUGAUCAUGUAUAGCUUGAUCACGAUCGCAUAUCGAAUUGUGCCAUGCGAGGAACAAAAGCCCAAUCCGCUUCAGUGCAACAUCGCCUGUAUCGACGCAGCCCGGAAGGCGUUGACUACAAUGGUAGAAGCCUUCAACGACUGGGGCAACGCUAAUCAGACCAGUUGGACGAUGUUGCUUAACAUAAUGUUUUCAAUGCUACCAUUUGCUGCUUUCGUUGUGCUAGCUGGGAACACCAUCGCGACCUCUUCUACAGAUGACCUGGCACUUCUGGCAGCCACUGUAUCGGCGCUAGAGCCGACAUCGCCCAGCUCGCCAUCCGCGAAGAAGCUCUACGACGUGUGCAAGACUUUCCACCAGCUUGCUAGCUUUGCCAUUGCCAGACGGACGGUUCUGGAAGGCACGCCCCCGGAAGCACCGGCCAUCCCUACUUGUGUGUAUGACCAGCAAGCUGUGGGCGAAUUUCCACUACCUCUAGGCGACUUGGGUCUUUCGGCUUAUGAUCACAUAAUGGCACCUCAGGACUGGGACACAGUUAUGAACGGCUUUGAUCUUGGGUCCGGCGCUGGAGCGAUGGCUUCUUUUGUGGAGCCGUAUAUGCCAUUUGACGGGCGGUUGUCUUGA